AUGACAGACGUCUCAGGUGUUCCGCGGGGGUUGCCAUCAUUGCAUUCUAUAAUUGCGGGCGCCAAUUCUAAAUUUAAUUUACGAAAAUUACGCAUAAUCGCGGUAACAAACGGGUUGCGGGGGCGGCGCGGGCGCGGGCGGCGGGACGAGGUGCGUUCAUUGAACGUCCGCGAGCCGGCACGGGCCCAAGGUCGCAGCGUUCACUCGCCCGCCAGCCGCCGCACACCACUCGAACCGGGCGGCCGAAGGGUC